AUGUUCAACGCUCGACAUCCAUAUCGACCCCGUCUACCAAAUCGUCCUAUCGUCGGCUACGGGCAGCCAAUAUCACCGAUUAAUCUUCUGUGGAAAUCGACUUGGCCAUACAAGAUCUCUAACAUCAUCGCUACUUUGUUGAUACUGCUUGCACUCGUAUUGAUUGCUCUCGAAAUUGCAUUUGUGGCUAAAAUGGGAGGAGCAAGCACCGCAAGUGCAUAUACAUCAGGAGUUGGUAUUUGGUGUGGAGUUUUCAUCCUUAUUGCUGGUAUUGUCAUCCUUGUUAUUAGUAAGUAA